AUGGCGUCACACGUCACUCCAGCGCAUGUUAGCAACAUCAAACCCUUGCUUUGUUCCACUCAGAAGGUUAACCAUGUGAAGUCUGAACUGUCGCCACCGCCAUCAUGGAGUGAAGGCCGGCGAAUGGUGUCCAUAUCUCUAGUUCUCGCCCCCUUCCUUCUCAAUCCUAACCGUGCUAAUGCUGAAGGAAAUUUUAUGGACAAAUAUGUUAAGAGAAAAAAGCUAGAGCCUCUGGAGACUUACGUACCCGCUGUAAUACUCACACAGUUCCAGAUUGAGGAUUUGGAUAAAACUUUAGAGGGUGAUGAACCACAAUUCGCCCUCUGCCGGUCUCUACUUCGUUCUGGGCCUGCAGCAUCUCUUCGUAAAAAUAUUCGAGCAGUUGCGCAAUAUGCUUCAGACAGUGGCAAUGGUAAAACUGCAUUCAACAAUGUUGAUGAAUGUUUGAGGUCAAUUGAGGAACUUGACUCCUUGCUUCUGCGCGCAUCAAGAAAUGAUCCUGGCGCCUCGGUCAAAUCAAUGAAGACGAACGUCAAAUCUGCCCUUAUCGCUCUAGACAGCCUCUUACAAACAGUACCGUCGGAUGUGCUAAGUAAGGGAAAGGUUAUAGCUGAUUCAUACUUGGAUCGGGAAGACGUCGAAACAGAGAGCUUGGACCCUGGUUUAAAGCAAUUAGAAUCAAUACUAUGA